GUACACAAACGCUGAUAUGGAUAGAGAGAAACAAGACGGCUAUAGAGUUUUGGCCUUUGAAGAUACGGCUGGUUCUGUGGCGCUGAUCGUCAAUGUCCAUGUUGGUGACGUCAACGACAACAGACCUGCAUUUGAUCAGGGCCAGUAUCAAAUAACGCUCGGCGAUGACGUCACACCUGGUCAAGUCGUUCUCCAAGUCAAUGCGACUGAUGCAGAUCUGAACGACAACUCACGUCUGACCUACAGGAUAUUGACCUGUGGCCAGUGGUUCAGCAUCGACGGUACCAGUGGGAAGGUCAAGGUCAUUACCUCACCGCCCUCUGACGUCACUGAGUGUUCUCUGGAAGUCAGUGAUGCCGGAACCCCGCCUCUCCAGUCUCACACAUCCGUUAUGAUUUACUUCCCCUUAUUCAACGAAACUGCAAUGGUUAUUCUACCGACGGCCAGUGGUGAACUAAUGGCCGACAGGGAGGGUGUGGCAAGAAAAUUAUCUGGCAUACUAGGCGUUAAUGUACACAUCCACAGCAUCGAUAGUCUAGGAGAUGUCGCCAGUCUAGGCUCAAAGGUCUAUAUCUCCGCUACAACUGCUGAUGGUCACAAAGUUUAUCCAACAGAUCUGAACAGCCUACUUAAAGCCCACGCCCCAGCCAUCUACUCAGCCUUCCAGAAGUCCACCAAGUCUGAAGACAGCGAGAAGCUGUUUACUGUCCCAUUCAGCGUAGUGCUAGCCCUGGCCAUCCUACUGCUGCUCAUCUGCCUGCUGUUUGCUGUUCUGCUGUACAGACAGAGACAGAAGUACAAAAUCAACCUCCGACUCUUUGAAAAGCUGCAUCAGGACACGAAGAUUUACGACGCCACCCGAAGCCUCAGCGUCACUCAGAUACCGGAAGUUCGCAACGGCGACGUGUCAAGGUCGAGCCGCAGCAACGGGUCAGCGCGGUCGUCAAGGGGGGAGACUGAGGUCAUUCCGUACUUCUCAAGCUUGGACCAGGGCUACGUCAACUCUACGUUUGUGGACGAUGAUAUGACCUACAGCAACAUCCAGGACCAGAGCAACGUGCGGAGAGGGAGCCGGGAUACGUAUGACGUUGCUGAUGUUCCCGUCCCCGAUUCACGUCAAGGCGAGGUCACCGAGCGCGCGUCCUUGACGACGGAAGUGACGAAAAUAACGGAGCCUGCUCACGUGACCGUGAUUGCCGUGAGAAGGUUGUCUCACGGCGAACAGGACCGCGAGAGUCUGGGUUUUGAGGACGAGUCACCGCCGUUAGACUCCCAGCGUCACGCGUCACUAGCCAGACGCCCGAGCGAGGCCGACAGCGGGGUCCCUGCAGAGAGCCACCACGACGACGAUAAUGAAGACGACGACGAUAAAGAGGUCGCUGACAUCUACGCCAACGUCAACAAAAACAACACCGCGGAGAAGCAACUCCACACCGGUCCCAACCUUGACCUCAUGACCUUUGCCCAGACCUCGGCGCCGACGACUUCCGCCCACACGUACACCCCACACGAUCCGUAUGAGCCGGAGCCAGAUUAUGCUAAAAGAGUUCACUUUAACGAGGAGGCCAGUGCAUACGGGGAGAGACCGGAAGAGGAAAUCGACCAACCGUCCACGGAAUUUGUAGACUCGCCUUCCCACCACGGCGAUUUGGCGAAUGAAAUGUUUGAAAUCACAGCGUUGUAAACACAGCUGUGUCGCACAGUGUGUGUUUCAUACUGUCACUACACGGCGUGGUGUGUAAACAAUACCAUGCGGCACAUAUACCACACAGUGACAAUAAAUAGAUGUGGCACACAGAGGCGUAGCAAGGGG